UAACCACCUCUGAUUUUAUCUCGUCUCUGUGCUCUCAUGUUUGUUGCGUUACUCUGCAGUAUUUGAGCUCCUGACAGGAUGUGUGCGCGCUAUCUUGGAUUUGUGCUUCUGAUUUGGUUUGCAGGAGUGACGCAUGCACAAAAUGAAAAUGUCUGCAGGGCUCCUGUGCUGGAUGGGGGUUAUUAUGUCCCUGAAAAAGAGACUUACUUUCUUAAAGAAGAGCUCACUUACGCUUGUGAUUCUGGACGGAAACCGGUGGUGGAGGGUUGGUGGGCGACAAGCAGAUGUGAAGAUGGGAAUUGGGUUCAUAAACCACAGUGUAUAGCUCAAAAUGCCUGCCUCCCCCCAACAAUACCUCAUGGAAAAUAUGAUAAAGCAAAAGACGGUUGGUACAAAGAACGGGACUCUAUUUUCGUACAAUGUGACGAUGGAUAUGAACGCAAAGACAACCGUAGCCCCAGGUGUAGAAGUGGAACCUGGAGCCCUUUGCCUGUCUGUGAGAGAAGGAGGGAUUCAUGCAGUGAGCCUCCAAAAAUCUCUCAUGCAGUCAUAAUUCAUCAAUACAAGGAGGUGUUUUCUGAAGGUUCAGAAGUGCAGUAUGAAUGUGAAGAAGGUUAUACUCGAGAGGGCAACAAUAUCUUUUGUGAACGUGGACAAUGGACUGCAGGGCCAACAUGCAACGAAUCAUCAGCAGAUCAGGGACCCCCUGCAUCAGACACAGACGUCCAGCCUGAGGGGGGAGACAGAAGAGAAAGUGGAGCUGGCAGUGGUAAACAACCGGAGGGAGCGUUCUGUGUAAUGAAUGCUACUAGAUAUGCUCAUUAUGGUGUUGCUGCAGCUGAACCUGAAAACAUGUGGGAAGGACAAAGAAAAUAUUUUCCUUGUACUGCAAGAGACAAAUAUAUCCAUGUUCGGUGUACUAACAGAAGGCUAGAUUUCACCAGAUGUUUAUCUUUGAAUGCAGUGAAUCAGUCCUCACUGAUAAAGUUUAUGGAUCUGAGCUUCUAACUGACAAACUAUCUGCUUCUUGUUUAGGCUGUAAUGCAAAUCAAUUUCAAUAUUAUGUAAGUGUUAUUCUUUGAUUUAUUUUCAAACAAAUAUAGUUUCUUUGAAAUAAAUGUGCUUGAUGUUUUUUACUCAGCUGUUGUUUGUUUGUGUUUUAAUCAGCCUGACUGCAAUAGAGUCAGAGAACCCAACUGACAACACAACCUUUCUGAAACACUUCAACCAGAACCUGCAGAGCAACAAUGAAACAUGUUUCUUUUCUUUGUCCAGUUUUGGGGCUGAUUGUUCUUUAAACACCAAACUGUCCAUAAAUGAUUUGAACUUUUCAUGCACUCAGUACAUGAUGUGCACACUGAAUCCAUAAAGUGUCGAUGGCUGGCUGAGGUCUGAAUAAAAUGUUUCAUCAUCA